AUGGCUCUCUCAAGAGGGUUCUUCGCGCUGGUCCUUGUCGCGUGCUGCAGCCUCAUGCUGGCGGUGUCGGCGUCGGCGUCGGGCGGCGGCGUGGCCGACGACGGCGUCGUCGGUGGUGACAAGCUGAUGAUGGACCGGUUCCUCCGCUGGCAGGCGACGUACAACCGGUCGUACCCGACGCCGGAGGAGAGGCAGCGGCGGUUCCAGGUGUACCGGCGCAACAUGGAGCACAUCGAGGCCACCAACCAGGCGGGCAACCUGACGUACACGCUGGGAGAGAACCAGUUCGCCGACCUCACGGAGGAGGAGUUCCUGGACCUGUACACCAUGAAGGGGAUGCCGCCCGUCCGCCGUGACGCCGGCAAGAAGCAGGCCAACUUCUCCUCCCCCGCCGCCGCCGUGGACGCUCCGACCAGCGUCGACUGGAGGUCCAAGGGCGCCGUCACGCCGAUCAAGAACCAGGGCCCAUCGUGCUCUAGCUGCUGGGCAUUCGUGACGGCGGCAACGAUCGAGGGCAUCACCCAGAUCAAGACAGGGAAGCUGUUGUCGCUGUCGGAGCAGGAGCUGAUCGACUGCGACCCCUACGACGGCGGCUGCAACCUGGGCUACUUCGUGAACGGCUACAAGUGGGUGAUCCAGAACGGCGGGCUGACCUCCGAGGCCAACUACCCGUACCAGGCGCGGCGGUACCAGUGCAACCGCUCCAAGGCCGCCAACCACGCCGCCAGGAUCUCCAACUACGUGCAGGUGCCGCAGGGCGAGAGCCAGCUGCAGCAGGCGGUGGCGCAGCAGCCCGUGGCGGCGGCCAUCGAGAUGGGCGGCAGCCUGCAGUUCUACAGCGGCGGCGUGUGGUCGGGGCAGUGCGGCACCCGGAUGAACCACGCCAUCACCGUCGUCGGCUACGGCGCCGACUCCUCCUCGGGGCUCAAGUACUGGCUCGUCAAGAACUCGUGGGGGCAGAGCUGGGGCGAGCGCGGGUACCUGCGGAUGCGCCGCGACGUCACGCGCGGGGGACUGUGCGGCAUCGCGCUCGACCUCGCAUACCCAGUCGUGUGA